AUGGGAGCAUUUAAUUUUAAUCAAGAGAAAGGUAGGACGGAACUUGCAAAUAUGAUCAUCCUACACGAAUAUCCUCUUUCAAUGGUUGAGCAUACUGGGUUUAGAAAGUUUUGUAAUACAAUUCAACCAUUAUUUAAAGUUGUUUCUCGUAAUACCAUCAAGGCUGAUAUCUUGAAAAUUUAUGAUUAUGAGAGAAAGAAAGUAAUGGGCUUGUUAGAGAGGACCAAUAGUAGAAUCGCAGUCACCACUGAUAUGUGGACAUCCAAUCAAAAGAAGGGAUUUAUGGCUAUCACUGCACAUUACAUAGAUGAUUCUUGA